AAUCCGCGCCCUCAUGGUCAGCGCCGUCAGAUGUGUGUGGCCAUGAAACGCGGCGUCCCACCAUCCCAAAUGCCGCUCUACGCUCAAGCCCCCAACAAACACGACUCCCCCGCCUCGACAUUUCGCUGUGCAACGUCACUGGGGAUCAUCGGAUGGGAAGCCGUACUGUUUCAAUUGGCUAGAGGUUACACCGUUCAUCCCCGGGGCGGGCUCGGCUCCGGUCGUAAACGUGUCUUUUGCGUCUUCGGCGAGCAUGCGCCCGGAAAUAAGUUUUCGUCUGCAUUCGGGCAGAUAUAAGCUGCUCACCAUCCCGCUGAUAUCAUGGGAAAGUACUGGGCAGAAAGAGUUCACUUCCUGUCAGAACCAACUAGCCAACCAUCGGGUAAUUUGCCAACAACGCUACAGCAUUCAACAUGAUUAUUCCACACGAUAUCUCAACUUUAGGCAAUGUGCGGCUCGCGGUCGCUUUGCCAAUUGUCCUGGUUGCCUUGGGAGUUUUCCGUCUGAUCUCAAGGGUGGUCUACAAUAUUUACUUCCAUCCGCUCAAAGACUACCCUGGCCCGAAGCUCCAUGCCGCUACUCGGAUCCCGCUUAGCCGAAUGAUCACCAGUGGUAAGGCUCACAAGAGACUGGCAGAGCUUCACAACAAAUAUGGACCAGUCGUCAGGCUCGGCCCAGACACGAUCGACUGGGCCGAUCCGCGCGCUUUCAAGGACUUGAUGGGCCACAGCAAGGGCGGCGGUGGCAUGGAGAACUACAAAGACCCCGUCAACGCCAGAUACAAGCCGCAUAGCAUCAUUAACUCUGGCCGCGAGGAUCAUGCACGUAUUCGCCGCGUUCUGGCCCACGGAUUCUCCGCCCAGGCCAUGGUUGAUCAGCAACCUCUCAUCCAAACACAAAUCGACUUGUUGAUCCGGCGACUUCAUGAGAACUGCGAGGACGGAGGAAAGGCGCUGAACAUGGUUUCGUGGUACAACUGGACAACCUUUGACAUCAUUGGAGAUCUGGCUUUCGGUGAGCCAUUUGGUUGUCUCGAGAAUUCGGACUAUCACCCAUGGGUGUCAAUCAUUUUCGACAACAUCCAUGCUGGUGUAUGGCGGAAUCAGUUCCAGAGGUACUGGAUCACGCGUCCAUUUGCCAAGUGGUUGAUUCCGAAAGAAUUGAAGAAUAAGACAAAGUUCCACAACGAUAUGAGCCAGGAAAAGGUUCAACGUCGCAUGGCACUAGGGGAAUCGAGGCCCGACUUUGUUCAGUCUAUGAUGAUGAAGGAAGGCCCCUUGGCCAUGUCAAAACCGGAAAUUGAGCAAACUGCAGAUACCUUGAUCAUCGCCGGCUCAGAGACGACGGCAUCAGUGCUUUCGGGAGUAACUUAUUUCCUCACCAUGCACCCCGAAGCCAUGGCCAAAUUGGCACAAGAAGUCCGCACUUCAUUCAGCUCGGAGCAAGAAAUCGACGUUCUCAGCGUUCAAAAACUCCGUUAUAUGCUCGCAGUCCUCGACGAGAGUAUGCGCGUCUACCCAGUCGUACCCAUGGGCCUCACUCGAGUUGUGAAGCCGGGUGGUGACUACAUCUGCGAGAGAUUCGUGCCUGCCGGUACGAGAGUGAUGGUCUCCCAGUGGCCCAUGUAUCACAACGAGAAGUAUUUCGUCGAGCCCAACUCUUUCAUACCUGAGAGGUGGCUUGGAGAUUCGCGCUUCGAGAAUGAUGAUAAAGCGGCACUUCAGCCAUUCUCUUUUGGUCCUCGAAACUGCAUCGGCCGGAACCUGGCCAUGUCUGAGAUGCGAGUCAUCCUUGCAAGAGUCAUUUGGAACUUCGACAUGCAAAUCGCGGACGACAGCAAGAACUGGACCGAUCAACAGCUAUUUGGCUUGUGGAAGAAGGGUCCUCUUAAUGUGAGAUUAACACCUCGGAAGACAGAGUGAGAGCUUGUCUCAGGGGGCAUCUGAAACACCGCUCCUGGCAUCGCUUGCGGAAGCUUUUAUCUACGGGCUUGCACGCGUUUCUGGCAGAAGCAUGGGUGGCUUUAAACCGCGAUAAGAUUGAAACCACUUGAAUAGUACAUAAUACCAUCUAUCUUCGUUCUACAGCUUCGAC